AUGCAGUUCAUCUUGGCCGUUAAUCACGCUCUGAUCACACGGUCUUGCUUCAUCCACCAGACUUAUGUUCCUGUCUCCUUUGAAAUCAAGGACACAGUAGUACGAGCCUAUAGAACAGAUCCUGUUCAAGUAAGGCACACAAGCCUUAGCAGAACUUGGAGUUCAAAGAUAUCUACGAGAGUCUCAUGUACGCUGCUAACUAGAGUUUGGUUAAUGCGCUGCUUAAGGAAAAAAAACAAUUGGUGGAGUUCUUCAAGCAUGUUCAGCAACACAUGGGUGAUAUUGAAGAUGAGAGAUAUGGAGAUCCAUUUUGUUAGUCUCUUUGGGAAAAUCGGGUUGCUGUCAAAGAUAAAAUGGUCAUUACCAUUUCCUAUUCCUAGUGAGAAUUGA